AUGUGGGCACUCUCGGUUCUCAUAGGUGCUGCAGCUGUUUCUGCUCACCUGCAGGACCUUGCCUUUGAUGGGCAAAAGGUAUUCCGUGUGAUUCCACAGAAUGAUGAGCAGGUGGGAAUCAUCAAUUCACUUAGCAACAACAUGCAGGUUGACUUUUGGCAGCCAGCCUCUGCCACACUGGUAAGGCCAAGAAUGCAAGCGGAUUUCCGAGUUGAAGCUGACAAGUCUUUCGAGGUUGAAGAUCUUUUGAAAGAAAAUGGAGUGGAGUAUAGAGUUCUGAUCGACAACGUGCAGGCUGCACUGGAUGCCCAAUUUGACAGCAAAGCUCGUGCCACUGGACACAGCUAUGAAAAGUACAACAACUGGGAAACGAUAGCUGCUUGGACUGCUGAUAUUGCUGCUCAGAAUCCAAACCUUGUCUCUCGCAGUGUAAUUGGGAAAACAUAUGAAGGACGGCCAAUAUACCUUCUCAAAAUGGGAAAAAGUGGUCCAAAUAAGAAGGCCAUCUUGAUUGAUUGUGGUUUCCAUGCAAGAGAGUGGAUCAGUCCUGCUUUCUGCCAGUGGUUUGUGAAAGAAGCUGUUGAGACCUAUGGAAAAGAUACUGUCCUGACCACACUUCUCAACAGCUUGGACUUCUAUGUUUUGCCUGUUGUUAAUAUUGAUGGUUAUGUUUACACUUGGACAAAUAACCGCAUGUGGAGAAAGACACGCUCUAAAAAUACUGGUAGCCUUUGCGUUGGUACAGAUCUCAACAGGAAUUUUAAUGCUGGCUGGUGCACAACUGGGGCCUCAGACAACCCCUGUGAUUCCACUUACUGUGGCUCUGCACCUGAGUCUGAAAAGGAGACCAAGGCUUUGGCUGAUUUUAUUCGUGAACAUCUUUCUACAAUCAAGGCAUACUUGACGAUUCACUCGUAUUCCCAGCUGCUACUGUUUCCUUAUUCAUAUACUUACAAUUUACCAUCGAAUUACGAGGAACUGGUAAGUCUCUGUCAUUUUGACAUAAUGAAAAGCAUAA